AUGCCUACGGAACGGCCAAGUCGCCUCGCAGCCAUAGCAGCAGCGACGGAUGUCAGUAGCACCAUCGCCGAGUUUGUUCACCGAUACCAGAGUCUUUCUCUGCACCGAGAUUCCCAGGAUAGCUUGGUCAAGGUAUCGACCUCAUCCUCUACUCCGAGGUCCAUUGAGUCGAGUCUUCGGGGAGAGAACGAAAACCUGUUGAGCAGGCUACGAGACAUAGAACCUAACCUCGAAGAUGCUACUCGGUCAAGGCGGGACUUGCAGCAACAGGUCCAGCAGCUGCAGGUUUACCGAGGGGCUGCACUGCAAGAACACCAUCAUUUGAAGAAUAGUAAUCCAUAUGUUACCGGUUUGAUAGACGGUGAUGGCCUCAUUUUUAAGCAAUCAUUCAUAGCCCAGGGCGUUGAAGGCGGAAAGAAGGCAGCCUAUGCCCUGCGAAGCGCCAUUCUUGAACAAUGCGGCAGUCAUGCCGCCAACAUUGAGAUUAUCACCAAAGUCUACGCCAACCUGGCCGGUCUCGGCAAGGCCAUGCGUCGCGACGGCAGUCUAAGCAACGAAUGCCACCUCAAAGACUUCUCGUUAGGCUUUACCCAGGCCAAGGCAAGUUUCGACUUUGUCGAUGUCGGCCAUGGAGAAGAGAGGGCAGAUGAUAAGAUCAGGGGUAGGGAGUUAUUCUUGGCAUCUCCCACGAAGCCGGUUGCUCCGUUUUUCGACGAGCUGUUUCAGGAUGUCUCCCUGCGGAUCCGAGUUACGGUUCUUGAGGGCAUCCCCGCAGUCCGCGAGCUCGCCGCAACUGGGGUGAACAUCCUGAAUCUGAACGACAGGCUCUUCCGGUCCGAGAAGUUGGUGGACAGAGUCUCGAUCCUUCCCCCCCCCCCGGAACCUUACUCCCCAGCUGUGUCCGUUGAAGCCAAAGCCACGGCAGCGAGCGCCCCCGCCACCACCUACGCCCGAGCGGCCGUUAAAAUUCCCACUCCUCCGCCGCCACAGGUCACCCUCCCGACGCAGCCCAAACCAGCCUCUGCGCCGGCCCGCCCCCAGCAACCGACAAAACCCGCACCGUGGAACCCCGAGCCCCGCGGCCUGGACCUGCCCCUCCAAGUCUCCCAAUCGGCCCUCGACACCAUCAAGAAGCGCAAGGACCACAACAAGCUCUGCAACAACCACUACCUGCGCGGGCCCUGCGCCAAGGGGUCCGCCUGCAUGUUUGAGCACAAGUACAAGCCGACCAAGGAAGAGCUGGUCGCCAUUUCGUUCCUGACGCGGCUCAACCCGUGCUCGAACGGGCAGCGGUGUGAGGUGGAGGAUUGUAUUCAUGGGCAUCACUGUCCGAGUGUGCGGGAUGGUGUGUGUACGCACCCGUUUUGCAAGUUUGGAAAGGAGGAUCAUCCGCCCGCGACGAGGAUUAGGCUUCACAAGUCUUAG